AUAGAGGUGUACCCUAAUCCCUCCUCCCUCCUCUGCUCGUCCGACAUACAUAAUAGCGGAGGAUCCAGCGCACGCUGUCUCGUAGUCGUGGGUUUGGUUCAGUGAGCAGUGAAGAUGGAGCAGACUUUCAUCAUGAUCAAACCCGACGGUGUUCAGCGAGGCUUGGUGGGUGAGAUCAUCAGCACCUUUGAGAAGAAGGGUUUCUAUUUAAAAGGAAUGAAGCUGAUUAGCGUGGAGCGCCCUUUUGCUGAGAAACACUAUGAAGAUCUCUCCUCAAAACCGUUUUUUGAGGGCUUAGUCGAGUAUAUAGUAUCUGGUCCUGUAGUUGCUAUGGUAUGGGAAGGUAAAAAUGUUGUUGCGACAGGUCGGAAGAUCAUAGGAGCUACUAACCCAUCGGCCUCGGAUCCUGGUACUAUCCGUGGCAGUUUUGCGGUGGAGAUCGGAAGGAAUGUGAUCCAUGGAAGCGAUUCUGUCGAGAGCGCCAAGAAGGAGAUAGCUCUGUGGUUCCCCGAUGGGACCGUGAACUGGCAAAGCAGCCUUCAUCCUUGGAUCUACGAGUGAGAUAUUCACCUGACGGAUGGCUAGUUACUACUCCUCUGCGUUUGAGACACAUGGGCAUGUAAGCACUAGAGAGAUUCGUUGACUGUGUAAACUUAUGAUGAUGUUGUCCAGCAGAAACAUCUGUUUCAGUUUCAUGAA